AUGAGCAGAGUUCAGCCGUGCUCACUGAAGUUAAUAUGAAUCCACAGACGUGCAGUUGUAACAGUUUAAUACAAUUGGUUAAAUAAACGGAGAGAAUAUGCAGGUUGUUCUCCUGUAGCACCUGACCAAAGAGCUUAUGUUAAUUUCGUAUCUAAAGUGAAUUGUGUCUGAUUCCUUGUGUUGAAGAGUUCACUCAGCUUCUGAAUCUGACUGAACACACCUGUCUCAACAUCCUGACAGGUGUACUGUUGAGGCAGCAGAUUGUGCAGGCAAAUCAAAAGACAAAAUGUCAUGAUGGAGAACCUCCGACCACGUCUGAAUUUUGGGAAUAAAGUCGAAGAUGUGAAACUGAGGAAACGAAAAUCCCAACUGUACGCAAAAGAAGAUGAAUCUCUUCUGAACAACGAUGUGCUGAGAGCCAGAGUUGUUGUGUUUUGUCUGAUAUUCAGACUGAUCAACUGCUUCCUGGUUCAGACCAGCUUCGUCCCUGAUGAGUACUGGCAGUCUGUGGAGGUCUCCCAUCGGAUGGUCUUCAAUUAUGGGUAUCUGACCUGGGAAUGGAAGGCAGGAAUUAGAGGAUUCUCCUAUCCACUCCUCUUUGCAUUCAUAUACAAGAUAUUACACCUCAUAAACUUCGACUCUGUCUACCUCCUGAUAUGGCUUCCACGAGUAAUUCAAGCACUCCUGGCUGCGUUUGCAGAUGAAAAAUUCUUCUUCCUGAUCCGAACUUUGGAAAGUCGUGAUGUUGCAACAUGGACGUUCUUCUGCCAUCUGUGCUCGUGGUUCUCGUGGUACUGCUGCACCAGGACUCUGACCAACAGCAUGGAGACCACCAUCACCUGUCUGGCUCUGUUUUACUUCCCCCUCCCUGGGUCCAACACGCACAACAGCAAAAAAUAUUUGACCCUGGUGGCCUUGGCUGUCAUCGUGCGACCGACAGCCCUGAUCGUCUGGUUUCCUCUGCUGAUCUACCAUUUCUGGCGGGAAGACAACAAACUGAGCCUCAUCACUCAUACAUUCAUUCCUAUAGGAGCUGUGGCUGUUAUGAUUUCAACAGUGAUCGACUGCAUAUUCUAUGAAAAGUGGACCAUGGUGCAGUUCAACUUCCUGAAAUUCAACAUCUUCUACAGUGUGGCUGAUUUUUAUGGCUCUCAUCCGUGGCACUGGUACUUCACUCAGGGGUUCGCCGUUGUCAUCGGCCCUCAUCUUCCUCUCUUUCUUCAUGGGUGCACCAUCGCCUACAAAAGAUAUAAGAUUCUGCUGGCAGCCGUCACCUGGACGCUCAUGGUUUACAGUUUGCUUCCUCACAAGGAGUUCAGGUUCAUCUAUCCUGUGCUGCCAUUCUGUAUGGUCUUCUGUGGGAUAUCUUUGGCUAAUUUGAAAGCGGGGCGACGAGCGGCUGCGAUCAUCUUGUUAGUGAGCAACCUGGUUGCAGCGCUGUACACCGGUCUGAUCCAUCAGCGAGGGACUCUGGAUGUCAUGAGUCAUCUGCAGACACUUUGUGAUGUCAGCAGUGUCUCCAGUCUCCCGCAGCCAGACGUCCUCUUCCUCAUGCCCUGCCACUCGACGCCUUUUUACAGCCACGUCCACUGCCCGAUGAAGAUGAGGUUUCUCGAGUGCCCUCCAGAUCUGGGAGAGGAGGGUUACGUCGAUGAAGCUGACCGAUUCUACGAGGACCCUCUUCACUGGCUCAGGACUUCAUUCCCAUACAAAUCUUCUCUGCCCACCCAUCUGGUUUUGUUUGAUGUCUUGGAGAGGGACGUAUCUGUGUUUUUGCAAGGGAAUAAGUUUGUGAGGACAGCAGAAAUAUUUCACACUCAUUUUCCUGAGGGAAAAGUUGGAGGAAGCAUCUUUAUUUAUGAGAGACGCUGACAAACACUGCAGCAACGGCAGCCUUCUGUCCUUAAUGACAACGUCACAAGAUACGGAUUUACUACCUAAACAUUUUAAACUGUAGAUGUUUUUUUUUUUAAAUUUCACUCAUCAGAUGUCUCAAAUGUGUUUUGUUUUUUAUUAUUCAAAACUGUAUUUGGUGUGACCUUACACUUACAGUCAUUUAUUUCUAACACAUGUCAGUGAAACAAAUAAAACUGCCAGGGCCAGUUAAAACAAGCUUGAGGGAGAAUGUUAGAAAGCUGUUUUAACUCUGAAAGCAAAUUACAACCCUGUCACACACAAACCUGUCUUUGUAGCAGCAAUUUAAAGCAACUGCAUGAUUGUACAUGCAAACAUAUUUAUAGUUUGAUUUGAAUUAACAGAAAAAUGCCCAGCUGAGACUGCAGCACGCUUAUUACCAGGUGGUGGAUACCUGGAGCUUUUCAGUGUCACAUGUACAGUGGGGCAGGAUGCAGGUCUGGUUGUCUCCAGUUGUCUUGAAUGUUAAAAUAAACCUCUCUUACUUUCUUAAACCUCCUCCUGUUAUAAUCAAAUUCAUCUUCAUUAGAUGUUGUCUUUUUAUUCAAACAUGUUGAGGGAGCAGGCUUGCCCAACACCUCACACUGUGGGACUGACUGACUGACUGUGUGUGUGUGUGUGUGUGUGUGUGCGCGCACUUCCUCUCUCACUUCAUGGGAACUUAGUUGCAUUUUUUCCUCGCUCUUUCUCUUCUUCUGGAAAGUUGUGUUAAUAAGGUUUCUCAUCAGUGAAUGGGCCUCUGGUUAUCUGUGCAUGUCUGCCUGCUUGUGCUUGUUUGGCUCCUCCAGCCAGAACUAGCUGAUUGGGCCUGGUACAGUGAUGUCACUUCCCCUUCCCCUCCGGAUAUUCUGUUCUGCCAGAACAAAGAGCAGGAAGCUUGGCUUCUUCUCUAGGGAGAGAGAAA